ACACUCAUUAACACAUUUGAAGUGAGUUUCCCCCUCCACAUUUUCCAAACCAAUCAUGCCUAGCUCAAUGCUCGUCAAAGUUAUUUGCUUGUCUAUGAUAUGUUUGGUUUUGGACAUUCCCUUGGCCAACGCUGCCCUUUCUUGUGGUCAGAUACAACUUACUGUAGCACCAUGCCUUGGGUACCUUAGGAACCCAGGACCAUCUGUCUCAGCACCAUGUUGCAAUGGACUUAGGGGUAUUUAUGGCCAGAGUAAGUCUAUUGCUGAUCGUCAAAGUGUUUGCAGGUGCGUCAAAGGAACUAUAUUCGGCUUACCUGGAAUCAAUCUUUCGGCCCUUUCUAGCAUCGCUCCUAAGUGUGGUAUCAAUUUGCCUUACAAGAUUAGCCCCUCCAUUAACUGCAACACGAUUCCCUAAUUGCGUCAAGAAAUUACAGAGUCACGCAAUGAGCAACUCGUGAGGCUUCAUUUGAUGAAUAAAUAAUACUACUUGGUUUGUGAAAAUAACCAAAGACAGAAUAAAGAGGAAGAUGGCUUAAUUUCCCCAGUUGUAAUCGAAUCCCAACUAGGGAUCACUAUAGUACUAUGCAUUUCAAUAUUAAUUAUAAAUGAAAUUUAUUAAGCACAA